UGUGUGGGUGGGUAGGCAGACCAACAAGGCUUCAACUCUAAGCUAAACAAAAUCGAGGAACAGAACAGAGAGCUAUUGCUUGAUCUGGAAUUGUAAGUCCCCUUUUCCAUCAUCCAUCCAUAGAGAGAGAGAGAGAGAGAUGGCUGAAAUUGCAGUCAAUUUACUAGCGAAGAACUUGAAGGAGUUACUGAGCACCAAGAUCGAUUUGAUUUUGGAAGAGAAGGAUUAAAUUCAAAUCCUUUAUGAGGAUCUACAAUUGCUGAGAACAAAUCUGAAUGAUUUGCAGGUGAAGUUUUUUGAGCACGAACAAGUGAAAAAUCUGGAGGCACGAAUUAGAGAUUUGGCAAAGGAGGCAGAAAAUAAGAUCGACUCGUUCCGAGUUAACAUUUUCUCGACAAAGAAUAUUAAGAUGAAGAAGAUGAAGAAGAGGGGGAGGAAGAAGAUGAGGGAAAUUUGGUGUGCGGUGGAAGAGAAAACGAAGGAUCGCUCAUUAAAGGAGGACGAUCACUCAUUAAAUCUUGAGCAUGUCAAAGAAGAGAUCGAGGCCAUCAAAACUGAGAUGAUGGGAAUUUAUGACACGGGUUUGGAAGCCAUACUACAAGUUGGAAGUUGUUCCACCAGUGGAGACUCAGACUCAUCAAAAUCAAACACAAAGACUUGGGGUGUAGGGGAGGAAGAAAUAAUGGUGGGAUUUGAGGACGAGGCAAUGAGCUUAAAAAAGCAACUUACUAGAGGACCAAUGCAGCUGCAGGUUAUUUCCAUUGUUGGGAUGGCUGGACAAGGUAAGACUACUUUGGCUACAAAACUCUAUGCUGAUCCUCUUGUCGUGUACCACUUCCAUAUUCGUGCUUGGACAUCUGUCUUCCAAGAGUAUCGAAAUAGGGAUUUGUUAAUUCGCCUUUUAAGUUGUGUUAUGAAGCAUACGAAUGGAAUUGAUCAGAUGGGCGAUGAGAAAUUAUGUGAAAAGUUGCACAAAAGCUUGAAGGGUCGAACAUAUUUCAUUGUGAUGGAUGAUAUAUGGGAUACUAAGGCCUGGUUGAUUUGAAAAAUUGUUUUCCAAAUGACAACAACGGAAGUAGAAUUAUGUUCACUAGUCGACAUGAAAACGUGGCUUUGCAGGCCAACAAACCCAAU